AUGACCAUCGAAACCAAAAAAUACGAGUACAAAAUAUUGGACGUAGAAAGUUUGAAAAAGUCGAAACGGUUGCGAUUAUGCAGAAGAAUAUCCCUAAUAUUAUUCAAAAUAUUAUUACUAUUACUCUUCAUCGUCUACGUUAUUGUACCGAUAGCUUUCAAAUAUUCCUACAAAUUCCAAACUCACAUAGUGUUCUUAAAUUAUGUUCACCUCCCGUUCAACGCGAAUUACACCCAUCCCGAAACCUACGGGUUGCCGAAUUCGAGAAACUUUUACCUUCAAACCGAAGACGACAUGAAGCUGGGCGUGUGGCAAAUGCUCCCCAACGAUUUUCAGGAACCCAGUAACAAAAACGAUAUAAAAACCAAAGAGGAAUAUUUCGAAAAGGCCUUAGGUAACGGCCAGGACGUUAUUAUUUACAUGCACGGGAACGCCGGCUCGAGAUUGACAGGACACAGGAUAGAAUUGUACAAAAUAUUGAGGAAAUACUUCCACGUCAUUGCAUUCGAUUAUAGAAGUUACGGUGACUCGACCAACGAUUCGCCUUCCGAGGAUAAAUUAGUAUCGGAUAGUAUCUUUAUGUAUAACUGGGUAGCGAAUAGGACCAAAGGUAACGUUUACGUUUGGGGUCAUUCUUUGGGUACUAGCAUAGCGUUGCAUUCGCUAUCCAUAUUGCGAAAGAGGCAUUUGCAACCGAAGGGUAUCGUGCUAGAGGCGCCGUUUAAUAACAUGAGGGAGGAAGUUAGUGAGUUUCCGUUAGCUAAGUUUUUCAGGUUCCUACCGUGGUUUGAGUCUACCAUUACUCAGCCUCUAGUAGACAGCGGUUUUACAUUCGAAAGCGAUAGGUUUAUUUGCAGGGUAGAUUCUCCCAUACUCAUUUUACACGCCGAAGACGAUAAUGUAGUUCCAUUUAAAUUAGGAAAAAAGUUAUUCGAAGAGGCAAAGAGAUGCAGAAGGGAGAAUCAAGGAAAUGUUGUAUUCUACCGGUUCGAAGGAAAACACAAAUACUCCCAUAAAAAUAUCUACAAAGCUCCAGAUCUCGAAACCGCUUUAGGGAUUUUUAUAAGGGGAACCAAAAAAAAAUGGAGUUUAUAA